AUGUCCACGCCGGUGUGUAAGAAUUGCAAGACGUCGACGACGCCUCUAUGGAGACGUGAUGAAACUGGGCAAGUCCUGUGCAAUGCCUGUGGAUUGUUCCUGAAGUUACACGGGAGACCCAGACCGAUCUCUCUGAAGACAGACGUGAUCAAGUCGAGAAAUAGGGUGAAGCAUUCACAGAAUAAUGGGAACGCCAAUGGGAACGUCAAAUCAAAUCCAAACACACCAGAGUUGAAGGCCAAAGACGGGCAUAAGAAGUCACGCUCGAAGGAUAACGGUGAUAAGAAGAGAUCAUCGCCAGGCUCGCAAGGGUCAAAGGGCUCUAAUGGGGAGUUCGACAGCGAUAGAAACGAGUCCUUGGCCAACGGUGAACCACAACAGCACAUCACAUCGCCCGGGUUGGUGCCGCUGCUACCACGCAAUGGUGGGAACGGUGUUGAUGCGUCUGGUCCAGCAAUAUCAAAAUCACCAUUCUUUCAGGGGAGCUUCCAUCCACAUAUACCUUCCCAUUUACAGCAACACGUCCCAUUGCACCAUCCAAGCUCUGUUCCUACACAGUUUGCCUCAAAUCUGCAAGCUAUAACGUCACCGCUGCUGUUGAGUACGACGCCAAAGUCCAGCAAUGUAUCUCAACAGCUUGCGCAAACGCAGGCAGCAGCAGGGGUACUGGAGACUUUGUCUAACGAUAAGAGCGGGUCGUCAGAAUCGCUAUUAAGACCUUUGAACUUGGAUGAUCCUGGCAAUAACACAACGCCAUUCUCAAAGAGACCUUUUUCACCUGCAACGGCAUUACAAGUUCCACAGUCCAGCCAUAGCAAAACUCUUGACGGCAGCAGCAGCAACAACAACACUAACAGCUCAUGUCCAAAGUUCCCAAAUCUGAUGAACCCUGUGUCGGGCUUCUACUCAUCACCGAGCUUUGGACCACAACACUCCCUAUCAAAUCCGUCUGCUUUCUCGCUUGCAAAUGGUAAUAGCUGCAACGACUCAAAGAUUGGUUCAAAUUCCACGAUAAACACUACGACAACGAGUUCCACGAGCAGUGCCACGGUGACUAGCGUUGGUACCGGCACCUCAUCGGUAGAGAGCUCCGACGUUAAAGAAUCGAUGAGUUCCAUAUCUCAGUUAAAGAUUAGGAUCUCGGAGCUGGAGCUGGUUAACGAUCUGUACAAGUCGAGGAUCCAGGAGCUGGAGGCAGCUGAGUCGCUGGCUAAGCAGAGAGAAGACGAGUUGAAACAACAGUUGUCUGCGAUGCAAGACGAUGUGCAAGUGAGGAAGAAGAUCAAGUUGGAAGCCACUGUGGAAUGA